ACACACACACAUACAUGCGACAACCAGCCGCCCUGUGCAUAGCGAACCGUUUUUAUUUCAUAUGGCAACGGGGCAACAGCAACAACAACAGCAACGGCUGCGAAACAUACGGCAAAGCACCUGAAACCGAAAAACAGUGCACAAGUGUUACUCAGCGGCCAAGCACGCGUGUAAAAAUGUCAGCAGCAGUAACAACAACAACAACAGCAAUAAAGGCAGUCGGCAAUUGAAAUUGAAAGCGAAUGCAUAAUAAAAAACAAACAAAGCGGAGCAAACAUUAAAAGGAGUCGCAGCAGCAGUGCAAAGAGAACACUUGCGUUCCAAGAGAGAGAGUGAGAGAGAGAGAGCAAGAUACAGAGACAGCAAAAGCGCAAUUGGCUUUUUAGCAGUUUGAGCUUUUAUUCUGAGGACGCUGCGCAGCUGUUGACGAACACGAAGCAGACGCAAAGAAGAAGAGUGAAAUUUGUAGCAACUGCUUUCGGCGCAUCAGCUUAGCAGCCAUGGACACUGCAGCGGCUGAGGCAGCGACAGCGGCAGCAUCAGCAACCACAAAAAAAGGCAACAACAAGAAAGGGGCCAAGGCCAAGGGAAAGAAGCGUCGCAAUGAGCGCAACAUUUUGACUUUCUACGAGAAAAUUGCCGUUAUACGUUACUAUGAUGAAACAAAUAUAUCUCGAAAUAGCCUGGCGAAAAUGUUUCACUGCUGCACAACCCAAAUACGUCGCAUCCUGGAUAAGAAACGCGAACUGCUGCAGCAGCUGGAGACGCUCAGCGAAACGGAUGCGUCCAUCAUUAUUGAGGAGAUGACGCGCAAACGUCGCAAAUUUGAGAUGAGUGCCAUCAGUUUUCUACUGCACGAAUGGGUGGAGCGCUGUCGCCAGCUGUGCCUUGGAGUGACCAUAAGGAACCACACCCUGAAGGAGACGGCGCUCAAGAUGGCAGCGGUGUUGAAGCUGCCAGCGUUUAGGCCAUCCUAUCGCUGGCUGAAUCGCUUUCGUAGCAAAUACAAAUACGAGGAGGACGAAUUGGGCUAUACGGGCGCCAGUCCGGUAGCAAGUGAGCUGCCGGUGGAGCAGAUCAUAGUGGAGUUCAAGCAUGCGCUGCCCAACUUCAUGCAGAAGGAGCUAAUCGACAUGGAUGUGAAUGCCACGCUGAAUAUGCCUGCGCCCGAAUUGGUCAAUUUAUCGAGUGACAACAGUGAAAUAUCUGAGGGGGAGCUGGACGACGAUGGUGUCGAAAUGGUCACCUGUGAGCCCAGUGUGCUGCCCUCGCCAGCCAGCACAUCCGAUGGCGAGGAAGAACAGCAGCAGAUGGGAGAUCCUUCGAUUGGUCUACUCAUGAAUGCGAGCACCUGCACGUUGCUGAGCAGCGUUUUCCCCCAUCUGGCGAUAAUACAUCAGUUCGCGCUGAUGAACUCGGAUGUGCAGGCAUUGGAGCUGAUCUCACAGCUGGGCGUACACAUGCAGCAGCAGGCAACCAAUGGCAACUAUCAUGCCCUAACCGUGCACCCAAAUGGUGAUGCAGCACUGCCACCAGCAGAAUUGCCACCCGGCAGCAUUUUAGCGGACAUCGAUGAUAUUGAAUUAAUUGAAUAGUUUGUAAUAGUAUAUACAUAUAUAAAUUAAAUUGUAUGCAACUUAUUUGUAUAG